AUGAAGCUGUUCCUACAUCUGGGAUUCAGCCUUGACACUACCACUGGAGAGUACGCAGACCGUGUCAUGCAAGCUGGCAACACAGCUCAGAAGAAUAUGCACGAGUUUCUUCAAGCGCGAGGUAUCAAGUGCAAGUUCAGCUCGGGCCUACUGAAACGACUUCGCGCACUUCAUCGAGAUGGAGCUCUAGACGAGCCCAUUACCCGAGCAUUUAUUAGGCGUGAGUUCCCCUUCGCGUAUGUUACAGAUGAAGCUUUACGCUACCUUCGCCACGAGCUGCGUGACCAGGUUAUCGAGGCUCCAAGCCCAAGGAGACGGUUGUUUGACGUCCUCUCGCUGUUGCAACAGCAGACUGGUCGUAGAAUCGAAGGCUACCAUGUUCUGGUAUGGCGCUCUUCGCGGCGCCGCAGCCUCCGACAGCUUCCCAGUACCGGCGCGGAUGCAUCUCAUGCAGCUGCCCACGAGUCGACGGAGGCGCGCGAGGCUGACGGCAACCUCGCGCCAGUCAACACUCCGCUAAGAACUGAGGAGAAUGGGGACACCGCGAGCGAGACGGGAUGGGUCCCGACGGAAAACCUGGCCGCUCCUCCUUCCACAGCCCCGCAGCUCUGCAACAUCCACGCAAUCCCAAACUCAUACACGAGAAACGGUAAGAGAGUUUACGUUGUUGAGUGGGAGCAAACCGAAGCGCCUGCCACGAAUCUGCCUCGGAACAUGGUUGCCGCAUACAACCGACGCCGCAGAGUCCUUGUCCGUCGAGCCUUCAUAGAAGACCAAGCUGGCCACGGCCGUGGACGACUUCGAAACUCGGAACUUGCACCAGAGCGCCGCCGUCGCCGAUCACUUCGACGACUUCGCAGAGCUCUUCACUUCUAG